AUCUCCCACAACCUCGCCAUCUCCAAGAAAAUGCCUUCCCCAGAACCUAUUGCCGUGAUAGGAAGCGCGUGCCGCUUCCCGGGCGACCUUAACUCGCCCUCGGCGCUCUGGACGCUGCUCCAGCAGCCGCGGGACCUGCAGACGGAGGUGCCGGCGUCGCGGUUUAACAUUGACGCAUUCCACCACCCUGAUGGGAGCCAUCACGGCCGCACCAAUGCGCGGCACGGCUACUUCCUUUCCGAUGUUGAAAAAUUUGAUGCGCAGUUUUUCAACAUCCAGGCCGGCGAGGCAGAGAGCAUGGACCCGCAGCAGCGCCAACUGCUAGAGGCCACUUACGAGGCGCUAUGCACCGCCGGACAGACGCUGGGCGGUCUGAAAGGAUCUGAUACCGCCGUGUACGUCGGUAUCAUGACGCAUGAUUUUGAGCUCACCAAAGUCGGGGAUUUGGAUGCCAUUCCGACUUACCUGGCGACUGGAGCAGCGACUAGCAUUGCCAGUAAUAGGUUGAGUUAUUUUUUUGAUUGGCAUGGACCAAGUAUGACAAUCGAUACGGCAUGCAGCUCCUCGCUCGUAGCAGUACACAAUGCUGUGCAGCAGCUACGCAGUGGAACGAGUAAAGUUGCCGUUGCAGCUGGUGCAAAUCUAAUGUUGUCGCCAUUAAACUUCAUCACGGAAAGCAAGCUGUCCAUGUUGUCACCCACAGGGCGGUCGCGCAUGUGGGAUGCCGCGGCGGAUGGAUACGCAAGAGGAGAAGGCAUAGCGUGCGUCGUCCUCAAGACCCUGUCCCAGGCCCUCGAGAACGGUGACAAGAUCGAGUGCCUCAUUCGAGAGACGGGCGUUGGUCAGGAUGGGAGGACCACGGGUAUCACCAUGCCCAGCAAUGCAGCGCAGGCAGCGUUGAUCCGCGCCACGUACGCGCGGGCCGGGUUGGACCUGAAUAAACCAGAUGGUCGACCGCAGUUUUUCGAGGCACACGGAACCGGAACACCGGCGGGUGAUCCGCAAGAAGCAGAGGCCAUAUCAACCGCCUUUUUCUCCAAUAUGGACGACCAGCAGGACUUGUACGUGGGUUCGAUUAAAACAGUGGUUGGCCAUACCGAAGGUACUGCUGGUAUUGCGGGACUGCUUAAAUGUAGUUUGGCUGUGCAGCAUGGUGUUAUACCACCCAACAUGCUUCUUGAAAAGCUUAGCCCUCGCGUUGAACCGUUUUGCAAACAUUUGCGUGUGGCUAAAAAGGCGACGCCAUGGCCCGCUGUUCCUCAAGGACAGCCAAGAAGGGCUAGUGUCAACUCAUUCGGCUUUGGAGGCACAAACGCCCACGCUAUUGUUGAAGAGUACAUCCCCCCCACCAGCACGGCGAUUUCCGCAAGCCUCAAAGUGGUGACUUCAGACAACAAGUCAGCCAAUGCUCUGCCGCUGGUGUUUUCGGCACGGAACAAGCGUUCGCUCAAAGCAAACAUGCAAGGCAUACUUUCUUUCAUCAAGGAAAAUUCAGAGGUGAACAUGGCAGACCUGGCCUGGACGUUAAUGGAGAAACGAUCCGUCCUGUCCCUGCGCCAUGCCGUCUCUGCCAGUUCGAUCAAGGCUCUAAUCCCGGCACUAGAGGCGGCCGCCAAAAAUGACAGUCUCGGGGUAGAAUUCUCGCCCAAAACCGAAUCGGCCCGCAUUCUCGGUAUUUUCACCGGGCAAGGCGCGCAAUGGCCUGCCAUGUUAAAACAGCUACUGGUACAUAUGCCGUUUGUGACGACCAUCAUCGAUGAGCUGGAUAACGCGCUGCAAACAAUCCCAUCUCAAUACAAGCCCACCUGGAAAUUAAAGGAGCAGCUCCUGCUGGAGGGUGAUGCAUCCAACGUUUUCCAAGCCGCUUAUUCGCAACCGCUCUGUGCAGCAGUCCAAAUCGUUUUAAUCAAACUGCUUUCCGCCGCCGGUAUCAAAUUCGAAACCAUGGUCGGCCACAGCUCUGGCGAAAUAGCAUGCGCGUUCGCCGCAGGUUUUAUCAGCGCCACCCAGGCCAUCCGCGUUGCAUACCUGCGCGGACUCACCUCCAGCCAUGCCGUUUCGCCGUCCGGGCAGGUGGGCGGCAUGUUGGCCGCAGGCGUAUCCCUCGGCGACGCGCAGGAGCUUGUCGAGUUGGAGACUUUUGCAGGGCGUGUGUGCGUCGCAGCGUGCAACUCCCCUGAUAGCGUCACCCUGUCGGGCGACGUAGAUGCUUUGGAGGAGAUGGCCGAAAUUUUACAGGACGAGUCCAAAUUCGCGCGGCUGCUGCGCGUCGAUAAGGCUUACCAUUCACACCACAUGCUACCGUGUUCAAACCCCUACGUGUCCGCGCUUGAGGCUUGCGGCUGCGCCGUGGCGGAAGGGCCGAACUCGGACGGGACGAACACGGAUGUCAAAUGGUAUUCGUCGGUACACGAAGGAAAGAUCAUGACCCGUGCCGACGUUACGCCGCAAUAUUGGCGGGAUAACCUUGUUUCACCCGUGCUUUUCCGUCAGGCUUUGGAAUAUGCCGGGCUAGAAAGUACCCCGGACGCCGCUAUCGAGGUCGGUCCCCAUCCGACGCUUAAGGCGCCCGCCACCGCGACGCUGGCCACCGUUGGUGCGGAAGAUAUUCCUUACACUGGGUGUUUGCAGCGCGGUAAAAAUGACGUGGACUCUUUCUCUAUGGCGCUGGGGUAUAUUUGGGAGCGUUUCGGCGGGAUUGGUGUCGUGGAUGGAACUCGGUUCAUUUCGACUUUGCACAAAACCCCACCGCAGGAUAUCUCCAAACGCCUCCCGACCUAUGCCUGGGACCAUUCGCGUGCGUAUUGGAGCGAAUCACGCGCGGUUAAGGCGGCCCUGCAUGGCCCACGCCCGCACCUUAUACUCGGGACGCUGCUGCCCAGCAGCACCGCGACCACGCUGCAGUGGCGGAAUUUUAUUAGGCCUCGGGACCACGAAUGGAUGCAGGGCCACCAGCUUCAGGGCCAAACGGUGUUUCCGGCUGCCGGCUACGUUAUCAUGGCCAUGGAAGCCGCCCUGCAUAUUGCCCCAAAUGGCAAAGUUGGUGUCGGGCUGGUCGAAAUAAUGGAUUUGAGCAUAGAAAAAGCAGUCACGUUUGAUGAUGCUGACAGCAUGGCCGAGUUGACGUUUACUUCCAACGUCGUGUCUUUUGAUAAGGACCAAAUCAGCCUCGAAUUCAGUAUUGCUUCGUGUCUGUCCCGCGAAACGAGCCUGUCACUUUCAGCAAAAGGUCGCAUUAUCGUUACUCUCGGGGAGCUCGUAAACCUUCCAAACGCCAGCCCGGCACCGCCACACGCCAACCCGGUGGACAUAAAGCUUUUUUACAAAGAGCUUGACCAGGUCGGGUACGAUUACAGUAAAAAUUACCGUUGCGUAUACAGCAUGUCGCGCAGUACGGCGCGGGCGUCGGGCCAUAUAGCGCACCCACGUCUGGCAGACGGAGAGAAGCAAAUGGUGCUGCAUCCGGCCAACCUGGACCUGGCCUUCCAAACCGUUAUGGGCGCGUACUCCUCACCCGGCGACAAGCGGCUCCGGUCGCUGUACGUGCCGACGCGCGUGGGCCGCAUCAGCCUGUCGCCGGCAGCGUGUGCGCGAGCCCUGGAUUCGCUGGAGGGGGUCCGAUAUAACGCAGUGAAUACGUACGACGGCGGAGAUUACCUGUCCGGUGAUGUCGAGGUUUUUGAGCAGGACGGCGGGUGUGUGAUGUACACGGUCGAGGAUAUGCACCUCAAACCGCUGACACCGCCCUCAGCAACAGAAGACCACCGGCCCUUUACCAAGACGGUCUGGGGCCCGCUAAACCCGGAUAAAAUCCUCGAUAUAGAGCGUUUGUGGGCGACGGAGCAAGACAAACAUGUCAUUCCCAUUAUUGAACGCUGUGUGUAUUACUUUGUGCGCAAGUUCUUGUCCGAAUUGACGGACCAGGAUAGGCAGAAUGCUAGCGUCGGCAAUAAGCGGUACAUUUACUGGCAUGAGCAUGUGCUAAAGAUCGCGCGCGAGGGGAAGCAUUUGUUCUAUAAGCCCGAAUGGGAAACUGAUACCGAGGAGACUAUCGAUGGGCUUCUAAAGGAGAAUUGGUACCAUCCUCAUCUCCGCCUGGCCAAGUUGGUUAGCGACAACAGCCUGUCGACAAUCCGCGAGAAUAAGAACCCAUUUAUUUGGAUGGACGAGAACGGGUUGCUGACUGAGUUUUAUACGAGUUAUCUCACAAGCGGCCCAACUUGGGAAUACGGCCAGCAUUUGAUUAGCCAAAUAGCGCAUCGGUUCCAGAACAUGGACAUUUUGGAAAUUGGCGCUGGCACUGGUUCUGCCACGGCUUCUAUCCUGGCCAUCCCAGAACUCGGGUACAAUAGCUAUACCUUUACCGAUAUUUCUGCGGCGUUUUUCGAAAAAGCCAAAGAAAAAUUUGCCCCAUUCGUCGACCGCAUGGAAUUCCGUAAGCUGGAUAUCACCAAACCGCCAGCGGAACAAGGGUUCAAACCCUACGCCUACGACUUGAUCGUCGCCAGCUCUGUUUUGCACGCCACCCCCAAUCUUACCGAAACCAUGGCCAACGCCCGCACCUUGCUCAAACCGGGUGGGCAUGUAGUUAUUUGCGAGGCUACUAAUAAAGACCAUAUGAGGGUUGGGUAUUUAUUUGGCUCAUUUGCAGACUGGUGGGCUGGCGUCGACGAGGGUAGGAAUUUGGAUCCUUUCGCCACGCGCGAGGAGUGGAAUACCAUCUUCAAAAAUACGGGCUUCAGUGGUAUCGACAGUAUUACGACGGACCGUGAGACGCACCUUUUCCCCAACACUCUUAUGAGCACCCAUGCUAUUACCCCCGAGCAGCUUCGUCUUGACGACCCUUUGUCCGCCACUCCAAAGGCUCAAAGCCCGCAGCUCAUAAUCGUGGGUGGCGGUCUAAAGUCCAGGCCCAUCGUGGACAAGAUUUGUGAGCUGCUCCCUCACCACAACUCUCUCGUGGUGCCGAGUUUGGUGGACCUGCCCACCGACGGACAACCCAAGGCCACAUACGUCGUACUCUCCGAGGUGGACAACCCAGUGUUUGCUGAGUUAUCUGAAGCCAAACUCGCCUCUCUCAAGCGAUUGUUCUUCGGCUCCUCUGCCGGCGGAGUGAUAUGGUUAACAGAGGAUGCCUGGGUAUCCAACCCGCGUCAGGCUAUGGGUAUCGGCAUGCUUCGGUCCGUUAGACUGGAAAACCCCGACGUUGCCUUCCAGUGUUUGGAUAUUGACCGACUGAACGAGCUGGACCCUAAAUUUCUCGUCGAACAGAUUCUGCGUUUGGAGGAGGGUUUGCCCGAAAACACAGUUUGGACUGUCGAGCCUGAGAUCUGUAUCGUUCAAGGCAGGCCGCACGUGCCGCGUAUAAAACAGGACCAGGCCCGCAACGACCGCCUCAACUCGACCCGUCGCCCAAUCUUGGACCAAGUCGACCCUGCCACUACACCGGUCGUAUUGCAAAACACAACCCAGCCUCCCAUCCUGGUCGCCACUGCCAAGCCUUCGCGGCCGCUGGGUAUUCCGCCCGACGCAACCAUGCAGACCGUCUACGUGUACCACGCCACACCCACUGCGAUCCGUGUACACGGGCUUGGGUAUUUCCACAUCGUGACCGGCACGACGCCAGCCAAAAAUCCCAUCCUCGCUCUGUCGCAGACCAACGCGUCCAUCGUCACCGUGCCGGCCAAGUACACCGUCUCCGCCCGUGACACCUCGGCCGCGACGCUGUUUUCCGCUGUUGCGCAGAUUGUUGCCCAGGUCGUGGUUGACGUCUCUCCUGGCUCGUCUGUACUCGUACAUGCCGCGCCGAGCUUCUGCGUUGAUGCCAUCAGGAAGCUCGCCCAAGUGAGCAAGGUAAGCCUGGACUUUGUCAAUUCGGAUACCCCAGGCGCCAUAGUCCUGGAUCUGCGCGACACCACCCGCUCGAUAGCCCGCAAGCUGCCAACCGGUAUUGCGGUGCUGUAUGAACUGGCCGCCAACACUGGUGCGCGGGACGGUUGGUUGGUUACCCGGAUCGCCAAGGUGGCUGGUUGCGCCGUCAGAGACGCCACGCAUAUUUUCCGCCACCAGGCAGCCACUUUUGCGUGCGAUGAGGCCCAGGAGGUAUCCCAGCUGCGACUCUUUGCCGAGGCCGCUUCCUUCACCUUGCCGGCAGCAGCUGUCGACACAUGCCACGUCACCAAGCCCGCCGAUGCGAGGGUUUCGCUGGACUCGGUCGUAAACUGGCAGGACGAGCCCAAGAUCACAACGCGCAUCAGCCCUGUGGACUCGGGCACGCUUUUCGUCAAGAAUAAGACGUACCUGCUCGUCGGACUGUCGCAAUCUAUGGGAAGAAGUAUUGCGGCGUGGAUCAUCAAACACGGUGGUCGCCACGUCGUGCUGUCCAGUCGAAACCCGGAAAUGCCGGAAAAGGCUUGGCUCGAGGACAUGGAGAGGUUGGGCGGUAGCAUUCACGUGCUUGCUAUGGAUGCGUCUAACGAGCCAUCUGUUGAUACCGGCCUCGCCAAACUCCGGGACGAAUACGGAUUACCACCGGUGGGCGGUUUGGCCUACGGUCCGCUGGUGCUUAAGGACGCUCUGCUAAACAAUAUGGAUUUGGCUACUAUGGAUAUAGUGCUUAAAUCCAAAGUGCCGGGUGCUAAGAUUUUGCACGACAGGUUUAGCGAUCCACAGAACAACCCUUUGGACUUUUUCGUCAUGUUUUCGAGCGCUGCGUUAUUUGGUGGUAAUCCAGGCCAGACCAAUUAUACGGCGGCCAAUGCCUAUUUGCAGGCGCUUGGGCAGUAUAGGCGAAGUAAGGGGUUGGCUGCCUCCACAAUCCACAUCGGCGCCGUCAUGGGUAUUGGCUUUCUCACCCGCAACAGCCGCGAGGCCGAAUUCCAGGAAAAAUCCGAUGUCGAUACCCUCGGCGAGGCUGAAUUCCUGACCCUCUUUGCCGAGGCCGUCGUGUCAGGCCGCAAGGUCCACGGUGUUAAAGCUAAGACAGCCAUCGAAAUGUCCGAUACGGAAAUCGGCAGCGGUAUUCCGGCGCUCGAAUCCCGCCACAAGGAGACUAUCAAAUUUUACAACGAUCCUAGGUUUGGCAACCUUAAAACUCCCGAAAAAAGAGGCGAAGGUGCAGAUGUUGGGGGCAGUAAAAUGAGCGUCAAGGAUAUGUUAGCUAUGGCGACGACCAUGGACCAGGUCCGGCAGGCUAUUAGCGAGUCUCUUUCCGACAAAAUGCGCGGCGUCCUGCAUAUUCCGCCCGAGGAAAGCGUUAACGCGGCUGCUCCCUUAUUAGACCAGGGUAUCGACUCCUUAGGCGCCAUUACAAUUGCGUCUUGGUUUUCGAAACAACUCCUUGUCGAAAUCCCUAUUCUACGCAUCCUUUCGGGUGCUUCGAUCGACGAAUUGGCUGCCGAAGGCGCCUCUCGUCUCGCUCCGGCCGCUAUACCCUUAGUCGAAGACGCAAACAGCCCCAAGAGCCCGUCUCAGGGAUCUUCCCACGACUCAGUCGAAAACCCAACUUUAUCAUCCCCCGAUGAGGACUCUGGCCGUUCUACGAUCCUUUCUACCCCGGCCGAUGAAAAAGCCCCGGCGGGCGGUGUAUUGCGUAAAACGCCCAUGUCGCUGAUACAAAAAUAUGCACACGCGCGGCAGAGCGCCCUUGCCGACGUUACAAUUUCCCACAAUACCAUUGGCGUUGUUAUGGAGGGCAGGCUGGAUAUUGACAAACUCGCCAAGGCCGUCAGGGGAGUUAUAUCCCGCCACGAAAUUUUGCGCACCGCGUUCCGCCCGUCAGAUAACAGCAGCACCUCUACGCCGCUGCUGCACGUCCUCGCCAACCCUACCUGGGGCCUGCGCGCCGAGCCCGUGCCAUCCCGCGCCGAGGCCGAAAACAGGCUUGCCGCUUUGCAAAAAGAGCCUUACGACCUCGCGGGGGGCGAAACCUUCAAAAUCGCCCUUUUCACCUGGUCAUCGACCUCCCACCUGCUGGUGCUGGCUUAUCACCGCCUGGCUGGCGACGGAUCGACCACCGAAAACCUCGUCGCCGAGCUGUCGCAGCUGUACGCUGGCAUUUCGUUGCCCCCAGCCCCGCAGUACACUGAUUUUGCCAUAAAACAGAAUACACUGCUGUCCAUUGGUGGUAUGGACCCUGAUAUUGGCUAUUGGGCAAAGUUUUACACGCCGCUGCCUGCCCCGUUGGCGCUAUUGCCCCUGCCAGGUGCCAAAACCACCCGUGGGCCCGUUAGUUGGGACCAAUAUACGGCCCUUUCGCGGUUAUCGGCAGUAUUGGCGUUUAGGGUUAAAGAGCGAGCCAAAAAACUCAAAACGACGCCCAUGACCCUCUAUUUGGCAGCGUACGCGGCGAUGUUAGCGGGACUUGCCAAACAGGAGCAGCUGUCUAUCGGCUUGGCCGAUGCGAACCGAUCCUCGGUGGCGGACCUAUCGACCAUGGGCUAUUUUGCCAACCUACUACCGCUGCGGUUGACGGCGCCCUUGUCGAACCCCUUUUCAUCCACCGUCGAAAACACCAAAGAGUCGAUCCGGCAGGCCAUGGCGCACUCUGCGGUGCCGUGCGACCUGAUCCUGCAGCGUUUGGGACUGGACGCCACGCCUCCCGCCGAGAUGACGCGCGCGCCGCUGUUCCAGGCCGUGUUCGACUACCGGCAGGGCGCCGCCGAGUCCGGUACCAUCGGCAGCGCGAGCAUCACCGAGGUCCUGGCGAGCCGGGAGCGCACGCCGUACGACGUUGUCUUGGAAAUGAGCGAUGACCCGACAAAGGAUCCGCUGGUCACCAUCAAGUUGCAGAAGAGCGUGUAUGGAGAGAAGGAUGCGGAGGUGUUGAUGGAGAAGUAUGUUGAGGCGUUGACUGGGUUUAGCAAGGAGGCAUGA